AUGGUGGAUCACGUAGUCCUGAACGCCUUCAAGCGCUUCGACAAGGAUGGAAAUGGGUCCAUCUCCCGAGAUGAGCUAAGCAAUGUCUUGCAGAAGCUGAAUCCAGAUGAUUGGGACAGUGAACGCAUCGAUGAGCUAUUGGCGGCGGGAGCAGAUACCAAUAUGGACGGCAAACUGCAAAUUGAUGAGUUCAUGAGAUGGAUCUUUGCAGAAGAUCCCAAAAGCAUCGGUCUUGGCUUGGGCCGGGUGGCUGACUUCACCUACGUGAUCUCAGGUUGCUCUCGGGCGGAGAUCAAUGGUGUCUACACUCAACAAGCCAAGUUUUGCAGUCACCGUCCGGUGUUCUACUGUGCUGCCAACAAGUACUUUCUCUUCUAUUGGCAAGCCCGGGAGCAAUGGCAAAUUCACAAGCGGACCUCCGGCAAGUCUUGCGCUCGCUUGAAGACCUCUGGAGCACCUCACCUCGAAUCCGGUUGGCAGGUUUGGAAGAAGAAGGACCGAAGCCUGCGCAGUGCAUUUCUGCCAGAGGCAGAGAUGACGUGCACUUUGCCGGAGGCUCUGCCUGUCGAGGAACAGAUUGCGAAAGCACCAAAGGCCAUGUACAGCAACGAGUACGGGACCUUCCUCAAGCAAGAUGAGCUAUUUGGAGGUCGACCUGUUUACUACAAUGAGCUGUACAAGAUGUUUAUGAUCUACGUCGAAAAGUCAGAGCACUGGAAGUUGUCUUAUCACAAAGACGAUGGUGAAGGCACUGAAAUCAGCGGGAAGACCAAAGGGUAUUCUCCUGAUCUAGCGACUUGGUCAGAGGAUGGGGUGAUGAUGGACGUCUUCGCUUUCGACCCCGAUGCCACGUUGAAUGCCUCAGUGCCGGAGGGAUGGAAGGAUCCAAGCUUCCCACAUGGAGUCGAAAGCCUCGGGAAGCGCUUCGAAGAUGAAGAAUGUGAGUGGGUCAGGGCAUUGGCCUUGUCUUCCAAACCAGUGCUCUUCCACAAGAUAGAGCCAUGUGAUGCUUGCCAAGGUCAGCUUGGGGAUACUUGGCUCAUCGCUGCUAUCGCAGCAGUGGCCGAAUACCCCAACUAUUUAAGAGACAAGAUCUUCAUCACCAAGCAAGCUGCAGCUGAUGGCAAGUAUGAGCUCCAACUCUUUGAUUGGAAAGACACCCAGACUUGGAAGACGAUCCAAGUUGAUGAUUAUCUUCCCUGUCAACCUCGGAAGGGCAAAGAUCCGUUCCAACGGCCCAUGUUCGCAGACUUGUCGGAUGGUGAGAUGUACGUGCCAUUGUUGGAGAAGGCUUUCGCCAAGCUCUUCGGCUCAUACGAACAGCUGCAUCUUGGCACGACGGGCAUGGCCUUCGCGGCUUUGACCGGCUGCAGCACCGUGCAGCGUUUCGGAUCAUACUUGGAGGAUGUGAGGGCUGUGACCAAGGGAUGUGGAGGCAAAUCCCUUUGGGAGGUCACCGCUCGAGACGGCGUGACCGUUCGUUCCCAGGCCGACGUGAAGAGCACGAAGGUCGGGAAGCUGGCGAAGAAGGCCGUCUUUGAGGAGCUGGACCGAAACUGCCAUCGAAUCAUGAUGAAGAAGAUUGAAGGUGAAGGAGCUGAGUAUGGCUGGAUCAACUACUACGUGGGUGGUGAGAAAAUGGCGGAACGCACAACGAAGGUUCAAUGGGGUUCGAGUGUGGGGCAUGUCGGAGAGCGAUUCAAGAAGGAGAGCAUCACACCACUGGAGGGUGACAUGUGGGGCAAGCUGCUUGAAGCAGACCAGUCCAACAACCUGAUUGUGGUGACCUUCGAGUUCAAAGGUGUCAACGCCCAAGGCCGCCCCAUCUAUGGUGUUCGCCCUGAUGGUCUGAUGUCACGGCACGUCUACUCGGUGUUGCAAGCCGUGGAGAUUCCGGGAGAGGUCUGGGAAGAUCCAAAGAGGAUGGUGAAAUUGCGAAACCCCUUUGGCCGUUGUGAAUGGAAAGGCCCUUGGAAGGAUGAGGGUGAGGAGUGGAAGAAGAAUCCCGAGCUUGCCACGGCAUUGAGGACCGGGCCAAGCACAGACGGGUCGUUCUGGAUGGCCUGGGAUGACUUUGAAUGGUGCGCGGACACCUUGACCAUAGUCCCUGCGGAGAUCCCAGUCAAGCGUGGUCAACAUGAGGAAGACGACGAGGAGGCAGGUGAAGAUUGA